AUGGGCCCGGCUGCAGAGCAAGAUACCUACGUCCUUGACUCCAUUCCAUCGGGCGUCAUGAGCAGCCCGGAUGAUGUAGAUGCCGACAUGAUCCAAGUCUACGCCGGUACCAAGUACCCCUGGGACCCUCCAGUCCACUUCUGCCUACUCCAAGACGAGUUCGCGCCACACGACAACGCCGCAAAGCAGACUGCCUCAAACGCCAUCGAGGGUCUCGUGGGGCCAUACGGACCUAUUCUAGUCAGGCUCUACUUCAAGCAUGUUCAUCCCGUCCUCCCGAUCCUCUCCAAAGGGAGGUUCCUAAGGCAGUACGCCUCCGAUAAGACCAAGCUCCCAGCUUCCCUCAGAGGGGCAGUAUACGCGUUGGCCUCCGUUUUCGAGAAGAAAGACCCAUCCCUGAAGGGACCCUUCCCUUUCCAGCAACACCAGCUUGCCGAUUACGCGACCGACUCUCUGCAGCGAGAGCUUGACUCUCCAAACCUGGCCAAGUUACAGGCUAGCCUACUCCUGCUACACGUCAAGCCCAACCAUGUCGACAGCAUUGAGCAUCCACGGACAUGGACCUCGACCGCCGAGGCUGUGGCUAUAGCUCAAAUGAUCGGACUACACCAGGACCCAGAGCGGUGGUCCCUCGCACCCUGGGAAAAGAGGCUGCGCAGGAAGCUCUGGUGGGCGACACGUAUGGUCGGCUGUAUGCCAUGGGAACCCACCGCACAUCUAUCCCGCAUCCUUCAAUACUUCUGCGAUGGCGAUGGAAGAUUUGAGAAGCGAUGA